GACACGCUCACGCUCAAGGUCACCUUCAAGUGAAGACUCCCGACCCAGUUCUCGGGAAAGUCGCCAUUCGGUCAAGGAGCAGAAGCAAACGAGGUCAAGGUCAAAUUCUCCCAGUGAUGGUUACGAGAGCAAAGGCGACUCGCAGGAUGAGUCGGGGAAAAGUUGGCGUCGGGAGUCGCAUAGAGAGCGCCAGACGGACAAACUGACUACGGUGAAGGAAGAAGAAAAGGCACAGAGGAGGGCGGGAGAUACCUCUCCCACACUGAGCGAGGUGGAGUCUGAGGGGAAACGCUCGGAGAAAUCCCCCCAGGGGAGCUCUGCACCAGGGUCAAGGUCGUCUACGCCGAGGAACGACAGCGGCGACAGAAACAAGGAGAGUGUUCGGUCCCAGACCUCUAGGAGCAGCGAGCUGGAGAGACUGAAGCAGGAGCUUCUUCAUCAACAAGCCAGACAGGAGAGGCAGAAGAAAGCUCCACUCCUCGCCUCAUCCAGCUACGCAAGACUCUGGCUCAGCUCAGGCCGGGGGAGGAAGUGCUGGCUCGCUGGUCGGACGAUGGCUGGUACUACAGAGGCUGUGUGCGGAGGAAAGAGGAGGACAGCUGCGACUAUCUGAUCAGCUGGUCUGACGGUUCUGUGUCUGUCCAGUCGGCGGUCCAUAUCUUCAGCGCCUUUACCCGCAGACGACCGCUGACCGUAGGUGACCGAGUGCUGGCCAUGGCCGACCCGGUCCACGUCCAGUUUCUGCCUGGUCACAUCGCGGGCUCGGUGGACGGGAAGCUGGUGGUUCAGUUCUGUGACGGAGAAAUGCGAGAAGGAGUGGACCUGACCCUGUGCUACUGGCUGGGCCAACAGUACUACGACAUGGCUCUCCAGUACUACAAGGCCCGCGAACCACGACACCGUUGAACCGACAAGAUCUGCGAACCAAGGUUCAGUUGAACCCUGUCAACUCGUCCUGCCUUUAUUUAUAAAUCUUCAGAUACUUGUACAUUUUGUUGACAAAAUCUUGCCCCAGUGCAGUGUUUGGGACUUAAGACUUUCAUAUAUAUAAAAAAUGUUUUAUGCACGGAAAACAGGAAUUGUAUUUGACAUCAAAGAGCAAAUAACUUUACUUUUGAUGUAGAUAAAUGUUGCUGAUUAUUUAAUGAUUUUUCUCCUUGGCUUUGAGGUUCAGUUGAUCAAUGGAGAAUUGAUGGUGCAGGUAAUAGCUGGUACCUGUGUAUGUGAAGACAGGUAACUUACAGGUAACUUACAGGUAAAGGUCAAAGGGGAGCUGGUACCUGUGUAUGUGAAGACAGGUAACUUACAGGUAAAGGUCAAAGGGGAGCUGGUACCUGUGUAUGUGAAGACAGGUAACUUACAGGUAAAGGUCAAAGGGGAGCUGGUACCUGUGUAUGUGAAGACAGGUAACUUACAGGUAACUUACAGGUAAAGGUCAAAGGAGAGCUGGUACCUGUGUAUGUGAAGACAGGUAACUUACAGGUAAAGGUCAAAGGGGAGCUGGUACCUGUGUAUGUGAAGACAGGUAACUUACAGGUAACUUACAGGUAAAGGUCAAAGGGGAGCUGGUACCUGUGUAUGUGAAGACAGGUAACUUACAGGUAAAGGUCAAAGGGGAGCUGGUACCUGUGUAUGUGAAGACAGGUAACUUACAGGUAACUUACAGGUAAAGGUCAAAGGGGAGCUGGUACCUGUGUAUGUGAAGACAGGUAACUUACAGGUAAAGGUCAAAGGGGAGCUGGUACCUGUGUAUGUGAAGACAGGUAACUUACAGGUAAAGGUCAAAGGGGAGCUGGUACCUGUGUAUGUGAAGACAGGUAACUUACAGGUAAAGGUCAAAGGGGAGCUGGUACCUGUGUAUGUG